AAAUUUAAUAAUAUACUUUAACUUUUACUGUUCUUUCGUCAUUUUUCACUUUAUGGCUUUUGAUCAACAUUAUUGAGUUAAUAGUCUUCGUUAAAUUAAUCUAGUGUUCAAUUCAAUCAAUUUCCAACAUGGGUGACGAUUUUUUAGACUUUGAUGUUGUUUCGCCUUGGCAUGGUUCUGCUCAAGAUAUUAAAUUCGGCCAAAAUGUUUCUCUCGAGCAAUUGGCAAAAGGUACUGUGAUUGAGACUCCAGAGGAGGAUUCUAAUGAGGCUGCUGACAAUGAAAGCGAUUGGUGGACCAAAGACGAAUUACUUGAACACAUAAAGGAAACUCAUGUGCCCUCUCUUAUGGACUCAGCUUCAUGGGAAGAGAAGAUUCCAACCAUGGAACCCUUAGUUGAAAACCAAGUUUAUAAAAAAGUAAUGAAAAGUGGUUAUGGACCUGUUUUAAAGAAGAAGAACGCCGUUCUCUUUCACUGUAAUGGUUACUCUGAAGGGUCAGACGAACCUUUUGAUUCAUCCGUUCUUCGUGGUCGACCUAUUCUUCAUCGAUUAGAUCGAGAGGAUCUAUUACCUGGUUUAAUGGUUGGCAUAUUAAGUAUGCGUAUGGCGGAGAAGGCUGAAAUUUUGAUCAAACCAGAGUAUGCUUUUGGAGAGCUUGGUUGUCCACCUCGAAUUCCUGGAAACUCUACAAUAAUUUACAUUGUCGAGAUUCUUCGUGUUUUUGAGGAGGGCUCGCUAGCUGAUUAUGAGUUGAUGACCCCAGAAGAAAUGGCAGCCGUCCCAUUUCCAGAGAUAAUUCAAAAAUGCAAUGAACAACGUAUGUCUGGAAACAGCUAUUUCUCAGCUGAACGUUAUCGGGAGGCUGCUAUGAGAUAUUCAAAAGCAAUCAAAUUUUUGGAAAAAUAUUUCUACAAAGAUACAGAGGAGCAAAAAGCUGGCCAUGAAAUAUUAUCCAAACUCUAUCCAAAUAAUGCUAACGCACUCAUACGCCUUAAAAAGCUGAGACCAGCUAUGGUUUGCUGUCGUAAAGCCUUACAAAUCGAUCCGAAUAAUGUUAAAGCACUUUGUCAAUAUGGGAAGGCAAAGUUCAACAAUGGCGAAUACGAUGUUGCUAAAAUGUACUUUACACGUGCUUAUGCCUUAAAACCAGGAGACACAUAUGUUGGUCAAUAUUUGGUUAGAAUCAACGAGAAACUUCUAGAGGACGAACGAAUAAGUCGCAAUCUCUACAGAAAGAUGGGCGAAUCUUUGGUCCAAAGUGGUUAAACGUCAUUCAAGUUUUUCAAAUCUACAGUUUAUGUAAUUUCAUUUCUAUUAUCAAAUUAGUAUGUUGACAUUGUAUUUAUAUCGGAUAAUAUUGAACCACUUGAGAUAAAAUUUUGACAUUGAGUAUUUAUCCAAAUAAAGCUGCCCAUUUAUUUUUGUUUCA